AUGUUCAAGCUAUUGGGAAACUUUAGCGUAUACUUCAAGUAUCAGCCAGUGAAGACAGAUAACGCCGUCUUCAGACUCCACAAUAUCUUCACCACGGUGCUGUUGCUGACGUGUUCUGUGAUAAUCACCGCCACGCAGUAUGUGGGGCAGCCGAUACACUGUAUCGUGGGGCACGGUUUGCCCACUCAACCCAUCAAUACUUUCUGCUGGAUCACCUCUACUUUUACUAUGCCCGAUGCGUUCGCUCGGGAGGUUGGUAAGGAAGUAGCGCACCCCGGUGUUAUGAACGAGUAUGACAGCACUCAGGAUAAGAAGUACUACACUUACUACCAGUGGGUGUGUUUCGUGCUGUUCUUCCAGGCAAUAAUGUGCUACACACCCAAAUACCUAUGGGACGCGUUCGAAGGUGGUCUUUUGCAGACCAUACUAAUGGGUCUCAACGUUGGUGUUUGUCACGCUGAAGAGAAGGAAAAGAAGAAGGAUGUGAUCAUUGGUUACCUAAUACGACACGAAAAGAGACAUAAGCUAUACGCGUUCCGGUAUUGGGGCUGUGAAUUGCUCUGCCUCGUGAAUAUCAUCCUCCAGCUCUGGAUGAUGGACAGCUUCUUUAACGGGGAGUUCCUUUCGUACGGUACCAGGGUACUAGGAUACAGUGAAGUCCCACAAGAACAAAGAUAUGACCCAAUGAUCUACGUGUUUCCUCGUGUAACCAAGUGCACAUUCCACAAAUACGGUCCGUCCGGCACCAUACAGACUCACGACAGCCUGUGUAUACUGCCUCUGAACAUCGUCAACGAGAAAACAUAUAUAUUCCUAUGGUUCUGGUACAUCAUUCUAGCUGUGAUACUCGCUCUGCUUGUUAUCUACAGGCUAGUUAUACUCUUCGUGCCUUCGAUUCGGCCACGUCUUCUCCACGCUAGAGCGCGAACGAUACCGAUGGAGUCAGCGGUGUUCGUCUCCAGAAGAACAGAUGUAGGUGACUGGUGGUUGCUAUACAUGCUCGCUAGGAAUAUGGAUCCGUUGAUAUACAGGGAGCUAGUAGCGGAGCUAAUAAAACGCAUGGGAGAGAAGAGCGGUCCAAGGGCGUGA